AUGGAAAACCACACCAUGGAUUCAGACUUUUGGGACCAGACAACAACAUAUGACUAUGGUGAUGCAGCACCAUGUGAGAGAACAGAGGAAAAGCACUUAGCAGCAAAGCUUUUGCCACCGCUUUAUUCUUUGGUGGUGAUAUUUGGCCUCACAGGCAACAUGCUUGUUGUCCUUAUCCUGGUAAAAUACAAGAGACUGAGGAGUAUGACUGACAUCUACCUGCUCAAUUUGGCAAUUUCUGAUUUGCUCUUUGUCUUUUCUCUCCCUUUCUGGGCUUACUAUGCUGUUCACGACUGGAUUUUUGGGGAGGCGCUGUGCAGAAUUCUCUCUGGUGUCUACCUCCUUGGCUUCUACAGUGGGAUCUUCUUCAUAAUCCUGUUGACCCUAGACAGGUAUCUGGCCAUAGUGCACGCAGUGUUUGCUCUGAAAGCCAGGACAGUUACCUACGGCAUUCUCACCAGCGUGGUCACUUGGGCUGUUGCAGUGUUUGCUUCUGUUCCUGGGAUGGUAUUCCACAGAACUCAGAAGGAAAAUGCACGUUUUACUUGCAGUGCUCAUUAUCCAAGUGAUACCACUAUCAACUGGAAGUACUCCUAUACUUUAAAGAUGAACAUCCUGGGACUUAUUGUUCCAAUGGUUAUUAUGAUUUUCAGUUACUCACAAAUUCUAAAAACAUUACUGAGGUGUAAGAAUGAGAAGAAACAGAAAGCAGUCAGGCUUAUUUUUGUGAUCAUGAUCUUUUACUUCAUCUUCUGGACACCGUUCCACAUUUCGUCUUUUCUGCACACAUUUCAACGUGUACUUUUUGUCCUAACUUGUGAAAUCGAAGGUCAGCUGCACAAAGCGAUCCAAAUAACAGAAACGAUCUCCAUGAUCCACUGCUGUAUCAACCCUGUGAUCUAUGCCUUUGUUGGAGAAAAGUUUAGGAAGUACCUCCGUGUCUUCUUCCGAAAGCACGUUGCUGCCCACCUCUGCAGGAAAUGCCCAGCUCUUUAUCGUGAGAAACUAGAAAGAGUUACUUCCACAUUCACGUCAUCAACUGCAGAGCAUGACAUCUCUACUGGGCUGUAA